ACGUAACCCUUGGAUCUGCUUUGUCGCACCAUAAUCGUGCGGAACGUAAACCUUGGAUCUGCUUUAUUGGUCGCAUCGCACAGACCGACCGAGGAGGAGGUGAUGGCAAGCGCGGCCAUGGCGAGCUGGAGGGAGGAGGACCCCGAGGUUGUAGAGGAGGAGCAAGGGGAAAGCAUUGUGCUUGAAGGAGAGGACAAUGACGAAGACUAUGAACAGCUACUGGGCAGAUUGUACAGCCUUCUUGGCGAAAACAAUCCAGGUCUUGCCGGGAGGACGCACAUGACAGUUAUGACCUAUCCUACUCUUCUUAGGGAGGGCACAAAGAAGACAGUAUUCGUGAAUUUCAUGGACUCCUGUCGAAAGAUGCGUAGGCAGCCAAAACAUGUGAUGGACUUCUUGCUUUCUGAACUGGCAGCAAGUGGAUCACUUGAUGGGCAGCAGAGAUUGGUAGUGAAAGGAAGAUUUUCGCCGAGAAACUUAGAAUCUCUCCUAAGAAGAUAUAUCUAUGAGUAUGUGAUUUGCAAUGGAUGCAAAGGCACUGAUACCACUCUGUCCAGGGAAAAUCGUCUCCUCUUCCUUCGCUGCGAGCAGUGUGGGUCCUCGAGGUCCGUGGCUCCAAUCAGGGCUGGAUUUAUCGCGCGGGUCACUCGUGUAAGGACUUGAAGAGCCUUGCUCAACAUUCCAGAUCGUCUAUGUGGAGGGCCUGGCGCAAGACGAUCAGAGUUUACCAUCCAUUGUAGCAAUCAGUUUUGUACUGUGCCCUUGUGUGGCCAUGUGUUUUCCUUUUUCUUUUCGGGUCAUGUGAAUGUGAUAUAUUUCCAAUUUGCCAUAUGCUUGUGGUGCAAACAUCCAAUGAAAUCACACCUUUUCCUACUAGUACUAUAUUUU